UUUAUUUUCAAAUUUAGUAUCUGGACUCCAUAAAGCCUACCUUCAUCAGAAGACCAAUGCUAGAAAAAAAGUGGUUGUUUGAAUGUAACUGUGCCAGGUGUACAGAUCCUACAGAGGGCGGGACUUAUCUCUCCGCCCUACUCUGUAGAACAGGAAAAUGCGGGGGAGCAGUGCUUCCUUUGGAUCCCACAGAUGGCAGCAGUGAAUGGAGAUGCAGAAAGUGCAAUACUGAAAUUGACACUUCUCUUGUUAUAAAGAUAGUUACCAGUAUUUCCUCACAAAUAGAUAACCCGAGUCCUGGUGUUCAACCGAUCUAUUUCUAUGAAAAGCUGAUUUCUCUUUACUCUAAUAUUCUUCAUCCUUCACAUUAUCUCAACUAUCAGAUGAAAGAAAGAUUAAGUAUCCUGUACGGAAAUAUUCCAGGAUUUCUCCUCAAAUCUAUGACAAGACCCCAACUGGAUAGAAAGAUACAGGUUUGUCUCGAAGUCCUGGAUGUUCAGAAUAAGUUGUAUCCUGGUCAUUCAAGUAUUAAAAUCAAAAUUUUAGGAGAACUGAACAAGACAAGAUUGUGCACUGUAAAAAGAGACGUAGAUCACGGAAUUCUCUUAAGAGUUUGUUACGAGAACAUUCUUAGGAGUGAAGAAGACCUGAAGAAAUAUUUACAAUUGUACAAAACCAAAUUUUUUAAUAAAUAAAACGAAUUCUUCAGUUGAAU